AUGGCACCCAACUUCGAGGCCCUCCACAGGUGGACCGGCGCGGGACAUUUCCUCCUCGGCCAAUACAGUUUGAACGACGCAGGGAAUUUCUUCCUGGACCAAGCUGCGGAGCCUCUCACGCAGAACGGACUUGGUGGCGAGGACGGGGAGGAGGCGGUUGGCCAGCUAGAGGCGGAUUUCGAGGAGGCAGGGGAAUGCGGAGAGGCAGGGGAGGACCUCCCUUUGGGGGGGACAGAGGAAGGGCGCGAUACGGGGAGUGCGGAAAUGACCUUUGGAGGGAACGCUCGCCAGAGUGCGACUCUGAGGAAGAGUACAGGAGAUCGAGAAGCAGGGAGAGGGCUAGAAGGAAAAAGCAGUUUUGCUCCGCGUCUCCUUGUACAAACCAUUGUGAAGCGCCUUACGCCUACGACUGUAUCCGAAUGUCCCCGCAGUAUGAGACCAUACAGAAGUAUUCUGGAGGAGGCCACGGAGGAUGACUUCAAGCGUCAUAUGUGGCACGUCAUGAGGCUCAAUAACUCCUGUACAAAUCCGGCUGUGUGCCCCGUUUUACACGUUUGGUUCGCACGAGACCGUGGAGGCAAUUACGGCUUCGUUGAAAUGGCCUCUGUCGAGGAAGCUCACGCAGCACUGCGUCUUGAUGGCAUGCUUUGGCACGGUCUCCCCAUAAGAAUCAACAGGCCUACGGACUGGAAGAACAGCGUGGCCGACGACAGUGUCCUGGGGGCACUCGCGGGCGAACUGGUCGCCAGGCACAAGGCAUCACAACGGUCGAAUCACCAACCUGUCGACCUCAUUCAGAGUCAGAUUCAGGCCGAUCUCCUCAGUGGGCAACCUUCUCGCGUCGUUCACAUUGCGUGUCCGUCGAAAAUCGAGAAGGAUGAGGAAUAUGAUGAGAUUCUUAAUGAUAUCCUAACCGAAUGCAACAAGUGCGGACACGCUCUUGCAGCACUCAUAAUCCGCCCGGAACUGGAACAAUAUCUCCCGUCUGUCACCGUCGGCGAUAUAUACCUUGAAUACGCCUCUUGCAUCCAGGCAGAUCAUAUUAUACUGACAUUCUCCGGGAGAAUGUACGACGGCAAGCCUCUCCAACUUCAGCGUUUCAAUGAGCUCGCGUGGCGUCAGACAUUCCACCAGCACGCAACUCCGCUUCUUAGUCAAGUUUUUGAGAAGGCUCUCGAAGGCCUGCAACCACAACCCCUUACGUUGACGGCUAAUGUAGCUGCAGUGGCCAGUGAAGCCGCCGGAGGCGACAAAGAUAGGAUCGGUGCAUGUACUGCCGGCGCUGCAGCCGCACUCGCCUUUCUAAAUUGCGGGCCGCAAACGACGUCUCCCACAAUCGCUAGAGUUACGUACGGCCCUCAGCCACAGCCAGCCUCAGAGGCUCCAUCGGAGGGAAACACCAAGGACCACCCACGAGUGGACGGAACAAAAGAAGAAUCCGACAGCCACACCCACUACGACAGCUCUGUGACUGGUGGUAUUGUGGGACGCAUCAGCGCCAGCACAACGUGCUCAGAAUGA